AAUUCAUUUAAUUUUCGUAAUAUUUAUACGUAUAUUAUCGUGUUUUACGUAUUUUUAUCCUAUAAAAAUUUUGGCUUGCGUGUCGCUAUUCGCUUUCACCACGUUUUCAACAAUUCAUUCUGACUCAGUCCUAAUGAAACAAUAUUAUGAAAGCAAAGGAAAAGUCAGUUUUAUUUAAACAAAAUUUUAAUAUUCCUUGAUGAAAAAAAAAUUAUGUUAAUCGUCAAAUUUUUAUUUAUAUGAAAAAUUUAAUAAUUUUUAUAAAUAAAAAAAAAUCAAAUAAAUUUAAAAAAAAAAAUUUAUUUAAAUAAACAAAAUGAAUUUUUCUUUAUAUUUAUUUUAUAGUUUUAUGUGUUAUUUGUGUGUUAAUGUUUAUGCCGCUGAUAAAAUAAGUGAAAAAAAUGAAAGUUUAUUUGUUCCAACUCGAGAAUGGCAAAUUGUAAAAAAAGGUACACCAAUUCCCAAAGGACUUCAUGUGAGACAUAAUUUUGAAACUGGCAAAACAGAGGCAAAAUUAAUUGACAUCAAUGAUAAGUCAGAGGAAUCAAUGGAAAAUAAAGAGGAAAAUCGAGGAAAAUCAUUAAUCAUUCAUGCAGAUGAAUUGCAAAAAGAAGAAAAAGAAAAAUUGACGAAUUCUUUUUCGAAAAUACCAAUUGAAGAAUUAAAAUUAAAACUAAAAAAUAUCAAGUCAGAUGAAAUGAAACCUAUACAGGAUAAAAUAGAAAACAUUCAAAAGAAAUUUAAGAGUUAUCAAGAAUUGAAAAAAGAAUUUGAAGCUCUAAAUAUGAAUAUUUCCACUGAAACGGAAUUAAUGAAAGAUUUUUUUGAACGAUUUUUGGCUAAUAAAGAUUUUCUUAAUUUGAAAAAUCACGACAAGAAGAAAGUUAAAAAAAUUGUUGAUAUUUUGGAUGAUCUAGAGUACUUAAUUCAUCAAAUUGAUAACGCACAAGUUUUCAUCGACAUGGGAGGCCUCACGAAGAUUAUAAGUCCUUGUUUAAAUUCAACAAAUGAUGAAAUAAAAUCUGAAGCAUUAAGAUUAUUAGGUGCAACGGCACAAUCAAAUCCAAAAGUACAGGCAAAAAUAAUGGAAACUGAUUUUAUUCAAAAACUUUUACAUUUAUUAUUAACAACUGAUAAUAUUGAAAUAAAAUCCAGAUGUCUUUUUGCAAUAAGUUCACUAAUUCGUCAAUUUCCAAUUGCUCAAAAAGUAUUUUUUGAUCAUGGUGGACUUGAAGUAUUUGCAAAAUUAUUGGACGGCAAUCAAUUACAGCCACAAAUUAAAAUAAUGAAUCUAGUCAAUGAUUUGCUUAUUGAAAGAAAAAAUAUUAUUGAAUUUAACGAUGAUGAAAUACGUCGACAAAGAAUAAAAGCAUAUUCAAGCACAAAUUUUGAAAAAAAACUUUUAAUGCAUGAUUAUUGUCUUGAAUUAAUUAAUUUUUCAACAAAAGUCUUUCGUAAUAUAAUAACAGGCAAUUUUAUUGAUCAAGCUAAUGAACUUAUUCAGACAAUUGUUGAAAGUAUAAUUACACUGAAUUCUGUCUGUGAAAUUGAAUUUGUAAAAGUAAGAAAUACACUAUUACCUUUAAUUAAUAGUGUAUUGAAUAUUUACAAAAAACGAAGUUUAAUUAAUGAAAAUGAAGAUGAAAAAUUUGAAGAUGAUCUCAUUUUAAUUUUUGAGAAAUUAAACGCUCUUUUACAAUCUUCUCACGAUGAAUUGUGAUAUAUUUCAUGUGCUUAUGAUUUACAAUUUUGAAAUAUAAGAAAAGGAAAGUAAUUUUUAAAAAUUUAUUUAUAUAAGCGACAUAGUUUUUAUUAGCUAUUUUAUAUAUUACUGUUAAAUGAAUUGACUGAUUAAAGCUAAUUGUGUAAAAAAAAGAAGAAUUUUACUAAAAACCUCACAAAAAAAAUAAAUGAAAGGAUUUGAAGAAACUAGACUAUUUUGGAAUAAUGACGUUUAUUUACAGUCAUCGCCGGUUAUAUAUAAGUAUACAAUAUAGUAAUAAUGAAAUUCUUUGAUUAAUCAAAUAAUUAAAAAAUAUAUAUUUAUACUAAUUCUUAUGAAAUCAGUAAUUUUUAAACACAAUUUGAAUAUCAAAGAAUUUCUCGUAUAACAUGUUUAUAAUUUUAGAAAAAAUACAAAAAAAAUGUUCCUAAUAUCGAAAUUUUAGAACUUUAAUCACUGGAUUAACAUGUUUUUUCUAAAUGAAACCCGCACAAUUUUUCGACGCCGUAUCAUAAAAUUUUCUGUCAAUUAAUUUGAUCUUCAUUUUCAAAAUUAAUCAAGAAAAAAAAAAAAUUCCUAUAAAAAAUCAAAAAAUAUGAAAAUGUGCAUAUUUGUAAAAAAUAUCUAAACUAUUUUAUAUUUCAACUAUUAUUUGAUCAAAAAAAAAAAUUUUUUUUUUCUUUUAUUUCCAAUAUAGUAUUUAAUAUUAUUUUGUAACAAUGUGAUUUUUAUGAACAAUUUUAAUAUACAGAUCGUAGAUCAAUGAAAGGCUCUUAGCUUCUAAUAUAUGCGAUAUAUAAUAUAUUGAAGGUAUUUAAAAAAAUAUAUUAAGUUCGAUCCAAUUCUGUUCGCCCUCACUUUUUUUUUUUUUUUUUUUUUUCUUUU